CAUCUCUGCGCGGGAGACGCUGAGCGGCAGCAACGCUGGGUUCGGGUGUACAGCUGGACGCGAUGGCCGCGUGGGCUGAGCGGCUGUCGGGCGUACGGGGGGUGCUGCUUGAUAUCUCCGGCGUGCUGUAUGACAGCGGCACAGGCGGCGGAGCUGCUAUUGCAGGCUCUGUGGAGGCGGUGGCGAGACUGAAACGGUCCCCGCUGAAAGUGAGAUUCUGCACCAAUGAGUCCCAGAAGUCCCGGCGAGAGCUGGUGGGGGUGCUUCAGCGGCUGGGGUUUGACAUCUCAGAAGGAGAGGUGACUGCCCCUGCGCCAGCCACCUGCCAGAUCCUGAAGGAGCGAGGCCUGCGGCCACACUUACUCAUCCAUGAAGGAGUCCGCUCAGAAUUCGAUGACAUUGAUAUGUCCAACCCAAACUGUGUGGUGAUUGCGGAUGCUGGGGAAGGCUUUUCCUAUCAGAAUAUGAACAGAGCCUUCCAAGUGCUGAUGGAGCUGGAAAACCCCGUGCUCAUAUCCCUGGGAAAAGGACGCUAUUACAAGGAGACCUCUGGCCUGAUGCUGGAUGUUGGAGGUUACAUGAAGGCACUCGAGUAUGCCUGUGGUAUCGAGGCUGAAGUGGUGGGGAAACCCUCCCCUGAGUUCUUCAGGUCUGCUCUGCAAGCCAUAGGGGUGGAAGCCCACCAGGCCAUCAUGAUUGGCGAUGACAUCGUGGGUGACGUUGGCGGUGCCCAGCAGUGCGGAAUGAGAGCUCUGCAGGUGCGGACCGGGAAGUUCAGGACGGAGCCAUUGGAAGUGGAGCCUGGACUCUGGAAUGCUCACCAGCUCUCCUAGACUUCGAAAAUAUUGGGCCUCUGUUGCCCUCUGGCCCUCGGGAAACACGAACCUGGCACUGAAGAUGGCUGAGCGGGAUCUGGAUGCACCUGCUAGGAUGUGUGCUAGUUGACUCUGGCUGCACUGUGUCCUCCACUCCCCUAGCUGUGGGUUCCAGGCUUCCAGCCAGGGACCUGGCUAGCUUCCCUAGGGCCCACACCCUUCCUUCCAGAUCACAACCCAAGCUGUAUUGAUAGAAUGGCCACCCACCAAGGCAACAGUGAGGGGGUAGGGAGGAGACCUAGUAGAAGAGCCCUAGGCUGGAAUAUUUCACACAGGGCCAUGAAUAGAUCCUGGAAGAUGCUCUCGGCAGCCUGGAAGACUGAUUCUUAGAGCACUAGCAAUCGUUGUCCCCUGCACUGCCCUCAAACGCACCUGUGUGGGAUGUGUAAUGCCAGCUCUGGGUUGCAUAGACAGUGGGUAUCAUGUGCCCGAUGCAUCCAUGAGAACCCAGCACAUAAACAUGAGAGGUUGCCAAACCCUUAGGCCAACAUGAAGCUCAUCGUCGCUUGCCUGCAUCCAGUCACAAUGAACCCAUGUAUAUGCGUUAAAUGAGACCCUUUGUGCUGAGCACCAUGUCAACCUAGUUAAGGCUGACAACAAGAAACCGGGGGAAUGGGCCUCGGUGAAACGGAGCCAAAGGAGAAAUCUUGUAAAGCGGUUGUUUGCAAUUGAGCCGUGGUUAAGGACUGUGGCAGAGACGCUCAGGCUAAGAUGUCAGCAAAGAGAACUUCAAAUGCAAGAAAGGAGCAAACAAAACACAUGACUCAAAAAACAAAACAAAGCAAAAAACACACAUAGGGGCUGGAGAGAUGGCUCAGUGGUUAGGAGCACUGACUGUUCUUCCAGAGGUCCUGAGUUCAAAUCCCAGAAUCCACAUGGUGGCUCACAACCAUCUAUAAUGGGAUCCGAUGGCCUCCUCUCGUGACAGCAACAGUGUACUCAUAUGCAUAAAAUAAAUAAAUAUAAAUCUUGAAAA